CCCCGCCCGGCCUGGCCCCGCCGGCCCGCCCGCGCGCCCCCCCGCCGUUGGCGCCGGCAUGUCGGGCCCCGGGCCGCGGGAGCCGCCGCAGGCGGGCGGGCCGGCGGGCCCCGAGGGCGCGGACGCGGCGCUGGGCGAGGCGGGGCUGAGCUUCACGACCACCGACCUGAGCCUGGUGGAGAUGACGGAGAUCGAGUACACGCAGCUGCAGCACAUCCUCUACUCGCACAUGGAGGCGGCGGCGGCCGACGGCGAGCUCGAGACGCGCCUCAACUCGGCCUUCCUGGCGGCGGCGGCGCCGGGCGCGGCGGCCGGGGGCUUCGCGGCGGCGGGGGGCGCGGCGGCGGCGGCGGCGGCGACGGGGGGCGCGGCGCCCGUGUACCCCGUGCUGUGCCCGCCCGCGCUGGCCGACGGCGGCUUCGCGGGCGCCAACCCGUGCCUGGGCCACAUCGACUUCCAGGAGCUGCGCAUGAUGCUGCUGAGCGAGGCGGGCGCGCCCCCCGCCGCCGAGAAGACGCCGGGCGCCGACGGCCCGGGCCCGGGCGCACCCCGGCCCAAGGCGCCCGACGGCGCCGGCAAGGAGAACGCGGAGGGCGCGCCCGAGGCGCGGGCCAAGUCGGCAGUGCGCGUCCGCCUGGAGGACCGCUUCAACAGCAUCCCCGCCGAGCCCCCGCCCGCCCCGCGCGGCGCCGAGCCCCCCGAGCCCGGCGUGGCGCUCAACAAUUUGGUGACUCUUAUUCGACAUCCGUCCGAAUUAAUGAACGUUCCUCUUCAUCAGCAACAAAACAAAUGCACAACACUGGUGAAAAACAAGACCGCUGCGGCCGCUACUGCUUUGCAGUUUACAUGCCCUCUGUUCACUGCAAAUGCGUGCUCUGCUGCUGGGACUUCGAGUCUCUCACAAACACAGAGCUCUAGUAACUCAUGUUCUGUACUUGAAGCUGCCAAGCAUCAGGAUAUUGGAUUGCCUCGAGCGUUUUCCUUCUGCUAUCAGCAAGAAAUUGAAUCCACUAAACAGACUCUGGGGAGUAGAAACAAAGCUUUGCCUGAGCAGGUUUGGAUUAAAGUAGGAGAAGCGCUCUGUAAACAGGCCCUAAACAGGAGGAACCGGAGCAGGCUACGCCAGCUGGACGCCAGCGGGGAGCGCCGGGCGCUCGGAGAGAUUCAGAACGUGGGCGAAGGCCCCGCGGCCGCGCAGGGCCCCUGGCAGCCCGAGUCCUCGCAGUCCAGCCUCGGGGAGCAGCCGCAGGGCGGGCCCCAGGGAGGGAGGUCCCAGCGGCGGGAGAGGCACAACCGCAUGGAAAGAGACAGGAGGCGCAGGAUCCGCAUCUGCUGUGACGAGCUGAACCUCUUGGUCCCGUUCUGCAACGCCGAGACGGACAAGGCGACCACCCUGCAGUGGACCACGGCCUUCCUCAAGUACAUUCAGGAGAGACACGGGGACUCUCUUAAGAAGGUUCAUGUCGUUUGAAACCUGCGGGAAAAUGACCAGAAUAGUGCCCAGAGCCCCUCGGCAGCCUCCCUGGUUUGCCCAGAGUCGCCGGCUGUCGACGUCGUGCCCCACUUGCUCGGCCUCGUGCUGCCAACCCGUCCGAAGGUGACCCGCAGGCACCUGCUCCUCGCCAGCCGCGCACCGCCGUCCGUGACCACGAGGCGUCCGAAGUCGUUGCGCGUAGCCAGAGGCGAUGGUCCGGUCGGGAAGCUCGGCCGGGACCUGAGACCCAGCCGAGUCAAGGUUAACUUGCGCCUCUUGUCCCAGUCGUAGCCUCUGCAGAGCUUGUCCUGGUCCAGGUCGGUCCAGGAUUGCUGCUGUCGUGCAGUUGCUGGGAGGUGACAUCGUGGGGUCAUGGCCUUGAACCCCAACAGAGGCUCUGGAGGCUGCAGGACAGCCUCUCCCCGCACCCCCGUGCCUCCCUGCCCUCUCGCCGGUCACUUGGCGUCGCCGGGCAGGAUGGUGGCGCUGCCUCCCCCCUGCUCCCUCGGAGGUCGGGCUGGGGGCUGCCCGCCCUCUGCCCCCUUUUCCUUGGGCACCAGCCCCAGAUUUUCGCUGCGAUCGUGCCGUUACUUCUCCCUUUGCUGUCUGGUAGGAGGACUCUGUCGUCACGUUUAUCGACCACACUGUCAUCAGUGAAGAUGGCAGCUUUUCAAACCUUGCGGAGACUUCUGUGUUGACCUCCCUCCCGCGUGGUCCGGUUUUCCAAGGUGUGUGUUUAUCUGAAAAGGACGUGCGUCCUCAGUUUGGCAGAUUCUUUAGUUUUAUUGGGUAGAAAUGAUGGUUCGUGAUUCGGUCCGUCCUCUCCUCUCCUGCCCGUCGGCCCCGUCGCUCCGAGAGCCCGUGUGGCACCUCCCACGGCCUCCGGGCUUGUCCGUCCCCGGGGGCAGCCGUCAGGGUGGCCAUGCGCCCGGUGCGCACCCUCCUGCCGGGCCCCACAGAUUCGUCGCCCCCUGGGUUUUGUUAACCCUUCGCCUUUACCUCUCUGGACGGCACCAGCGCGCUUCCUCUUCCCACCUUGCUGGCGUAGUCGCUUGGCGUGUGAGCAGAACCAUCUUCCUUUUGCCCACUGAAAAUGCGAUUUUUAUUGUGGGCACUCUCCUGUGUGCACAUCUAAUGGGAACAUCACCUUUAAGCAGACGCCAUCUCAAGGUGUUGCUGAGUUGUAAAAAUGCCUUAAAACUCCGUUCUUUCGCUUGGGUUUUGUUGAAGCAGCUGCUAGUGCAGAGAGCAGGGUAACAGCUACUGCUCACCUCUGGCGAAGCUGCGGGUGGGACACGUCUGCUUGUCUCCCUCUCAGGUCACCCCAAGUCCCCGUGAGUCGAGUCCCAGGGACCUCAUGAGGGUCUCGCUUGAGGUACAGCUUAACCCCACUUCUGGCAGAACUAUUCACAGGAAAGGAAAGGGGGUGGCCCAGGGCUUAGCCUCAUCGGCGUGUAAAGACCGUCCAGAAAAUGCCUUGAAGUUCUUCCUCAUGUCUGAGAAAUGAUUCUUUUCUUCUCUCUGGCCUCUGUCUAGUUAUCCUGAAGGCAAAUUCUACCUUCUCAAAUAUAGGCAAAUAUUUUAUAUUAGGGCUUUGGCUGUCGGAAUAUAGGCAGUUAUCGAACCAUGGUUCAUCUUAAAUUACAUGAAGACCCAUUGGGAUGCUUUUAAAUUUGGGGAAGAAAAUUAGACUACAUUUGUAUAUUGGAGUUCCUGUUGUGGCGCAGUGGUUAACGAAUCCAGCUAGGAACCAUGAGGUUGCAGGUUCGAUCCCUGGCCUCGCUCAGUGGGUUAAAGAUCCGGCAUUGCCGUGAGCUGUGGUGUAGGUUGCAGAUGUGGCUCGGAUCCCGCGUUGCUGUGGCUCUGGCGUAGACUGGCGGCUACGGCUCCGAUUCAACCCCUAGCCUAAGAAUCUCCAUAUGUCACGGGAACGGCCCAAGAAAUAGCAAAAAGACCAAAAAAAAAAAAAAAAAAAAAUUUGUAUGCAGCUAUAGCUUCUGCGUGUACGGGGUGACUGCAAGUGGCAGGUGGCCUUGGUGGCAGUGGCGCUUCGGCAGGCGGACAGGGGGAGUGCUCCAGCCCUUCCAGUUGCCUCGGAAGUUAGAGCAGUGGCAGCAGAGUGCUUACGCCUUCCUGCCUGGACGCGAAUUAAACAUGAACCUACGGGCGUCCAGCAAAACAAGACAAACAACGCGAUUUAAAAAUGGGCAAGACAGUUGACUAGACGUUUCUCCAAAGAAGAGAGACGCGUGGACGGUAAGCACGUGAGAAGACGCUCACCUUUCCCGAUGAUCAGCGAGCGCCCACCCAAAGUGCCUGGAUGGGUGUGAGACCCCUCGUCACCCCUGCGGCUGUGGUGAAGCCAAAUAACACGGGUCGGUGAGGAUGUGGAGAAUCCGAACUCCUGGGCUUGCCGGGAGGGGCGGAAACAGCGCCGCUGCACGGGAGACAGGUGCUGGUUCCUCCGAAAGAUGAGACGUGGCAUCCGCAUGUCCACGCGUGCGGGUUUACCCGCAGGGCUGGAGAGCGGGCCCUCGAACAGGCGCGUGUACACCGCGGGGCGGGCGAGCCGCAUUCGCCCCCGGGCCCAGAGCUGGAAACACUCCGCGUGUCCGCCCACAGAACACCUGCAGGCGUGGGUUCCUCUCCAGCCGCGGCCCGGAGGGGAGGAAGGCGUGCGUCUCCCCGUGCGGGCGGACCUCGAAGCAGGAGGCUGGACGAGAAAAGCGACGCAGAAAGCCAAGUACGAUGUGAUCGCACUCCAGCGAAGGACCGAGAGCCGUCAGAUCGGAGUCAGAACGGGGAAGGCUGGGGCCAGGGGCCGGGGAGCAGACGGGGAGCUGGCGCUGCGUGGGGACAGAGUUUCACUUCGGGAAGCUGAGAGAGUUCUGGAGAUGGGUAGUGGUGAUGGUUACAUGACAGGGUGCAUGGACUUAAGCCACUGAGCCGUGCCCUUG